AGUGAAAAUAAAUAGUACCUCACCAUGGUCCUCUGUGACACUGUAUCUGAUUAUUCCUUUAUUUCCCAUGGACUUGUCGUGCUAGUCUGAGUUUUUAAAUUAAAAACAUUAGGAAGUUGCGCGUACGGCAUUGCGUCGAGACCACCAUUAUCGAAUAGCCAACGGUGGCGACUGCAAUAAUAACCUUCUUCAAAACUGUUUGCACCACAUUAUUUAACAAAUGCAUUGAAAAACUAUACAAUUGUAAUAUCGUUUUGAUCACACAUUUGAGUACAUGGAUUUUCAAUUACAUUAGUGUGGUAUAAAGUAUCUGAAAAAUCAUGUGCAUCGAUAACGUGGCAAAUCAAGAUCUGAUCUUUUAAUUGUGUGUUUGGCGUAGCAAAUGGCUUUUUACUGGUGUUUACUACUACUGUAGUUGUUUUUCGCCAUAGAAGGUACUAAGUAUGACCAUGUACCAGCCAAUUAAAGUUAAAGAGUCCAUUCAGUUGGUGACAACACCAACAAAUCAUCCAAAAUCAGUGCUAAUAAAUAGUAAGAAAACCAAACUAGAGGGAUUCAUAAUGAAUAUUCAAAAUAUGUCACCAUUCAGAUUCAUUUUAUUUAUGAUCUCAAUUUUAUUUUGUUUUGCUGUCAUAAUUGGUGUUUUAUUUAUAGUACCAUGUGAAUGGUCUAACUGUAUUUCUCCAAAAAACAUUAAUUUGAUUUGGUCCGAUUCUCUUUUCAUUGACAUAGAGUUAAAAGGCAAACCAAGUACAAUUGAGUUAAAUCAAAAACUUAUACAAUUAUUAUUUAUAGUAAGAGGAUCAAUUCUCAACAGCCAAAAUGUGCCGCCUAGAACAGAACGUUUACCAUCAAUUGGUGGGGGUCUUUUGCAAAUUGAUACAAUUACUGGUAAAGAAAUGUGGCGUAAACGAUUAGAUUCAUUACCUGAUACAAUUGACUGUACAUUAUUAAAUAAUCAGUUCAAAGAAAACAAAGAAGUAUAUUGUAUAAUUGGAGCAUCUAAUAAAAAUAUAUUAGCUGUUGUAUCCAGCAGUAAAAAUAAAGGUGAUCUCGUAUGGAAAAAAAAUCGACCAGAGUCAAAUACAACUAAAUUAAAUAACAUCAAUGAUCUAGUUUAUACAGAGUUUCCUGUUAUAAUACCCGAUUGCAAUUCUGAUGGUGUCAAUGAAAUGGCUUUUGUGCACUAUGAAAACAAUAUGCCUAUAUUAGAUAUUUUAUCUGGAAAAAGUGGAAACAAAAUGAGCAGUAUACGCAAUAAUAAUUGUACUAAAAUGACCGAUCUUAUUUUAAACUAUGAUAUGUCCUUAGUCUAUUUUUGCCGUAAAAAUACUGUUGCAGAUCCUUUAGAAACAAUUCCAAUUAAAACUAUAUUAAAUUGCUCUCGUGAUUGGAUACCAGAUUCAGUUCACCAAACUAAACGAGAACAUGAUCAAAUUGAAGAAAAUCAAUAUUUUUCUACACUUGAACACUAUAAUCUUUGGAUCAAUAAUAUCUACUAUAAUUGCCCAACCAAUUGUACAGCAAUUGUGUAUGUAACAAAUAAUUUUAAUGAAACAGUUUGGUCUAAGAAAAUUGAUCAUUCCUAUAUAAUGAAGCCAGUGACAUUUGAAUUGCGCAAUAAUAUAUCUGGAUUUGUUAUAAAAAUUUGGUCUUGGAAUAAUGAAACAAUUGAGAAUAAAAUAAAGCUCACUAACAUUGAAAAGGUUGAAUAUAUUCAAGAGCAAGUUAUAGUAAUUACAUAUAAUUCAUCCAGAUUAGAAGACUUCCACAUUAAAAACAUAAGUUCAAACAAAAUUAUACAAGUAUGUGAAAAUGAGUCAAAUUGUCAGCCAAAAUUAGAAUAUCAAAAAUAUUCAUUAAAUGUGAUGGAUAUUGACAAUGAUGGUUACAGAGAAUUGGUUUCUGUAUUAGUUACAUAUCAAUUUAUCAAUUCAUUCAGCCAGUUCUAUUUGAAUGAUAAACACUCACUACAGCUUAUAUCAAAAGUUAAUGUUUAUCAAUUAGAAAAUCAACUUAUUGGAAAUUUUGAAAAUGGAAUGUUUGUUUGAAUCGGAUUAUUGUAAGAAUAUAAACUAUUAACUAAAAUAUAUGUUCCUUAAUUUAUGUAAUAUAAAUAAAAGAGUUUAAAGAUGAACACUCAUA